ACCGGUUACGAUAAAAAAUGUAAACAAAGACUCUGUCUAUAAUCUUUGAAAUGUAUGAUUUACACUUGAUCUUAGUCAUAAUACCGGUUGACAGUGAAUGCUAAUGACUUCAUGUGUUGCAGAAAGUUCUUUCGCCUAUCCAACAGUGAAGGAACGGAUGCCAUCCAUUGUAGCUCGAGUUGCAGAUACAGCUUUCAGAAGUAAAUCUUGGAUUAAAGAAAAAUAUGGGGAGGAUGGAUCACAUGAUCUAAAGAGCCUGGCAGGUUGUGUUUCAAAGCUGCGCAAUGAGAUGAUGACUGGAAAAGUUCUUGUACCAAUACAUGAUGGACGCUCUGAUGUGCAGUUAUGGAAUGAUUAUCUGAAGGAGGUGACAGAGAGGGAUGGUGAAGAGCCUGCCUGGUUUAUCUCCCCUUGGCUAUAUGUGGAAUGUUACAUGUAUAGACGAAUACAGGAAGGUGUUGAAAAAUGCCAUGUGCUACACAAGUUUGAUGUGUUUAUGGAACAGAAACAGAAAGCUUUACUUGAUUCAGCUCAGGCUAUUUUGAUACUGCUCAACUAUCUUAUGACUGUAGUAAAUGAUCUAGACUCUGGUGAAACAACCAAUACACACAAACUCUUCAAACAACUUAUGCAGAUUUCUUUAUGGGGUAAUAAGUGUGAUCUGUCAAUAUCAGGUGGGCAAGAUAAUGCACAGACUUCCUGUCCCCUAGACCAGGUAAACAAACUCAGGGAGUUUGUCCUCAGAGACGACCUUGAACAAGUAUGGCAGCACUUAAGCUGUAAAGCUCCAUGUAGAGUGGAUAUAGUUCUAGACAAUGCAGGUUUUGAGCUUGUCACAGAUCUCUGCUUGGCAGAGUUCCUGAUGUCAGCCAAACUUGCCAGCAGUGUACACCUUCAUGCUAAAGCAUUCCCAUGGUUUGUAUCUGAUGUGACAAAAGACGACUUGGACUAUACAUUCCAACACUUCAUGCAAAACAAUAGCAUGGCUAUGGACAUGUUUGUGAAACGAUGGAAAGAGAGACUGGAGGAUGGGUCUUGGACAUUUGAAGUACAUGAAUUCUGGACAUCCCCCUUUCCAUACUGUGAUAUGAAGAAAUACAUGCCAGAUUUAUAUACUGAACUAGGAAACUCUUCGCUUAUCAUAUUUAAGGGAGAUUUGAACUACAGGAAACUGGUUGGUGACAGAAACUGGCCUACCACCACACCAUUUGAAGAAAGUCUCUGUGGGUUCCACCCAGCCCCUCUCUGUGCUUUGAGGACACUUAAAGCAGAUUUGGUGACUGGCCUAGAAGAAGGUCAAGCUGAAAAGGUUAAAAAACAGGACAAGCAUUGGAUGAUCAAUGGAAACUGGGCAGUUGCUGUUUACUGUGAGAAAAUAGUGCAAUAAAGUCAAAAUAAUAUGAGCCGUGCCAUGAGAAAACCAACAUAGUGGGUGUGCGACCAGCAUGGAUCCAGACCAGCCUGCGCAUCCGCGCAGUCUGGUCAGGAUCCAUGCUGUUCGCUAACAGUUUCUCCAAUUCCAGUAGGCUUUAAAAGCAAACAGCAUGGAGCCUGACCAGACUGCGCGGAUGCGCAGGCUGGUCUGGAUCCAUGCUGGUCGCAAACCCACUAUGUUGGUUUUCUCAUGGCACGGCUCAAUUAUUUAAAUUAUUAAACUGUUCUAGUUGAUACUGCUUGCUGAUUUUUGGAGGUCUGCUUUGACGUAUAACUUCUUCAUACUUCCUCAUGGAUUUUUCCACUCCAUCAAAAUCAAGGUGGUUUCAAUGACUUUUAAUGAAAUAACCUUUCAUUAAACUGUUUGUACCUCACCAGUCUUCAUUAUUAAGUGACAGACAUAGCUAGUUUGUAUAUAAAGAAUUGUAUCUGAUACAUCUGCUUCUCUUGCAAACCUGAUUGAAAGAGUUUAUCAGCCUGUAUGCUCAUUGAUCUGUCUGAGCAGGUAAAACUGUCAGUAAUUUGCUCAAUGCAUCUUUGUUUUCAGUUUCAUGCCAACAGCAGAUGUGCCUUGUAUACUAGUCGGGACAACAUUUACUGUAUGAUUUUAGUUAAGCAGAUAUUCAUAAACAGAGUGACUUAUUUAUUAAACACAGUUAUGAGUCGCAGAUAUUCAUGAAUAGAGUGACUCUUGAAUUAAACACAGUUUGGAAAAUAAUUUAACAGUAUCCUUGAAAGUACGAUGUUUUGGAAGCAGAAAUAAGGCUUACAGAAAGUUGAUGGUUCUACCAAGGUGCCUGCCAGUGAAGAAAUAAUGCACAUAGGGACACCUUGGGUGUUCUUCCAACGUCUAAAGCUGGAAAGUCAUGAUAAGACCUAUAAUUAUAGCAGCAACAAUAUAAAGUCUUCUCCUAAUUUUAUUCAAACUUGGGAACUCGCCCUCAUUUAGGGGUCCCUAGAACUAAAAUUAGAACAUUUUUUAACAACUUCUCAUAAUUUUCUUGAUAGAUCUUCAUCAGACUCGGUUUGUAGCAGGGUCCUCUCCCAGUUUUAUUAAAUGGGGCCACUUGGCGUCUUUUAGGGCUGCUAUAGCUAAAAAUAGAAAUACUUAAAAUGGCUUUUUCUCACGAACUGCUUGAUGGAACUUCAUCAGAAUUGGUCUGUAGCAUCAUUAUGAGGUCCUCCCCAAAUUUUAUUCAGAUAGGGGCUCUUGGUUCCUUUAAAGGGCUGCAUCCUGCUAGAGAUGAAAAUUGAAAAACUUUUAAAUAAAUUUGCCUCAUUCAGAGCUUGAUGGACCUUCAUUAAAUUUGAUCUGUAAUAUUCUUAGAAGUCCUCUGUUAAAUUCCUUCAGUGGGUCAGUUGGUCCCUUUAAGGGGCUACUAUCUUUAAAUGACAUUUUCCACUGAACUGCUUGGCGGAUCUUCAUUAAACUUGUUCUAUAGUAUCCUCUCAAAUUUGUUGAAAUAUGGGCCCUUGAUCUGUUUUAUGUUUUUUAUGCUAAACACAGGUGUUACCAAAUAUAAUUCAGUGUGUCAAACAUUUAUUCAGGGUCAGGUGAGUGACUUACAGACAUCAUAGCCCUGUUGUAGAAUGGUUUUGUUUGUUUACUUAACUCUGCUGACUUUAUGCAGUUUAGUUAAAAAGUUUGUGCCACAGGUCUCCUAACAUAAGAACUUUUACUACCAGCAAACAUCAAACUUGCAUGACUAUUGCAUGUACUUAAAUACCCCAUACUUUGAUUGUUGUCAUGUAAAUACCCCAUACUUUGAUUGUUGUCAUGUAAAUACCCCAUACUUUGAUUAUUGUCAUGUAAACCUUGAGACAAAAAUUGUUUAUUUUAUAUAUACCCGUAGAAAGCUAUUAAGAAAAUGAACAGAAGUUGUUUUAUUUUCACUUGUUUUUGUAUUUAUUUAUUAUGGUUGUUUAUGUCUACAAAUGUACUGUCUUCGUUAGUUUGUUUGUUUUUGGUUUAAUGCUUUUUUUCAACAGUAUUUUGAUUAUGUAACAGUGGGCUGUUAACCUAACCAGUGAUCCUGGGUUUUGUACCAGUACAAACCUGUUGCCUGCAAGUAACUGCCAACUUCCCCAGAGGUGGAGGACAAAUGAUUUCAGACGCAAUGUCUUUUACCAAAUUGUCACAGAGAACAUACACCGCACCAGGGGAUUGAACACACAUACUGCAUUCAGUAGAUCUGGGCUCAAUGUCUACUGUGCUUUGAUAAUUGAAAAUUAUUGUAUUUUUAUUUAUGAGGUUUAAAACUAAAGAAGACCUUUAUAUGAUAUAAAAUUAGCUUCAAAAAUAGAUUAUCAAUUGUCUCAGUGAAUAUACAUAUUGUUUGAUCAUAUGAAAGAAUAAAAGUAAGUUUGAAACAGAGAAGUUUCAUUGAAAUCAGCCAUAUAGAAAUUUACUGUAUGCAGAAGUGUCAUUAAAAUUGUGAAUUUCCCCACAGUUGAUCUGUUACAUUUAAUUGUUGUUCUACUGAAAUGUGUGUUUGUGUAGGUAUAUUGGACAUGAAACUAAUACCACAUUUGCACUGUGUUAUUUAAAUGAAACAGUGUUGCACAAGACAUCUUUUUGACAGGAAUUAAGUUUUAAACUAUUAGAAAUGAAAUACUCAAUUUAUUAGUCCCCUACUGGUGAUUCACCAUCUGUCAAAACUGUUCCUCUGAAACUGCUUACAGUUAUUUAAGUUGUGGGAGUUACAUUUUCUGUUGUUGUUGUGUUCUGAAUUUACAAAGCUACCCUUAUUAUGACCCCCUUCGAAGAAGAUGGGAUAUAUUGUUUUGCAGAUGUCGGUCCGUAGACCAAUCGGUUUCCCGGUGAUAACUGAAGAACGCUUGGGCCUAGGAUCAUGAAAGUUGAUAGGGAGGUUGGUCAUGACCAACAUAUGACCUCUAUUGAUUUUGAGGUCAGUAGCUCAAAGGUCAAGGUCACAGUAUCUGGAAACAUUUAAACGGUUUCUGGAUGAUAACUCAAGAAAGCUCGGGCCUAGGAUCAUGAAAGUUGAUACAGAGAUUGGUCAUGACCAGCAGAUGGCCCCUAUUGAUUUUGAUGCAGCUCCCAGCUUGUUUAUUUCUAUUUAUAACGCAUAUAAACACUCAGAAACUAUUCACUUACUUACAGUAUUAGUUUAUCUGCCUAGAUUGUCAAGUCACUUCACUUGAUAUACAGUUUACUUUCUACCUUUAUGAUUUUCUACAGUGCAAAAAGCUUCUUUCAUGGAGGCUGCCAUUUUAUUGUUGUUAUUGCAGACCGGUAGAGAAAUGUUUAUGAUUAUGUGACAUUUACUUGGUAAAGGUAUAAGGCACCUAUAUAAGCAGCAACAGUAUACCCUCUAUUAUUCCAGCCACACUCAGAUUUGAUUAGAUUUAGUCCAUAUUUAUUGCAUUUUAUGAUUUUCUGAUGUGACAAUGUAAAAUCUCUUACCAGUCUAUCUGAGCGACUGCUAACACCCCCGCUUACCGUCUAUCUGAGCGACUGCUAACACCCCCGCUUCAAAGUGUUUUCCCAUGAUUGUGAUUAAACUACUUCAUUCUUAGAGUGUUAUAUAUCAAAAUACUUGUUAUGAUGCAAAGAAUCGUUUGAGGUUUACUUUCAGUUAAGACCUUGUUUAUUUAAUACAUUAUUUGUAAGAAACCCUGGCUGAAACUCUGUUGAGAGAGAGGUGUCCUGGAAUUCCGGCCAGUCACUGUUCUGUGAUUUCAUUGAAGUGAAUGGCGCCCGGUCUGUAUUUGAUUGGUUAAUCCCGACACACAUUCCUCACCGGGCCUUCAGUCAUUGGUCAGUUACAUCAUAUGGUCACAUCCCAGGAGGCUGUAUAUUGGCUGGAGGACAAUGGCAUCAGCACCUUGUUCGUAUACGUAGUUCUUGUGUAAGAGAGCGCCAGAUUCAAACUGCGAAUUAGGCAGUGUCUUUUGAAAACCAGCCGUCUGUCUUUCCAGUAUAAUGUAUAUCUUGACCCGAGUCCAUAUUAUAUUAAGUUAUAAGUAUUUCAAUGUGAAAUUAAUGCAAAUCGUUUAUUGUGCUUACUUGAAAUGAAUAGUUAACUUAAACAUGUACUUUAUGCGUCAGUAAAUUUUGGAACUUUA